CCUGCGCAUGGCCAAUCUGCAAAGGUCACGCAGACAGUCAUGACGGAGAGGCACAUCCGUAAACUCACUUCCAGGGCGGAGUUGAAAGUUGAGAGUGAAGGGGAGGUCAGGGUGUCCUUCUUAACUACACGCGUUUCCAGCAGCGUCUGCACUGACUGCUCAGUAGGUGUUAAACUCUGCCGUUCGUUACAGCGAUCACCAGUUAACAUUAUAAUAUAAUCCAACCUACCUGGCAACAUGUUUAAGUCUUUUACCCGAGUCGUUUGCACUGCAGCACGGAUCUCCUCCGGUACUGCCACCGCCUCUACUUCCCGGGGACUGGAACAGCUCCUCCGGCCGGCCUUGUGCGCUCCAAGCUCGGUUACAUAUCGGCCCUUCACACGCUCCAUCUGGAUGCUGUGUAGUAGCGGUUCCUCAUCGGGAUCCAGGCCGGGGUUGUUAAGCUCGAGUCGGGGUAUUCCUUCUCUGUCAUGUGGCUGCGGAGGACUGCACACAGAAGGCGACAAGGCCUUUGUGGAGUUCCUGUCGGAUGAGAUUAAAGAGGAGAGGAAGAUCCAGAAGCACAAGUCCCUGCCCAAGAUGUCUGGCGGCUGGGAGCUGGAACUCAGUGGCACAGAGGCCAAACUCAGCCGGAAGACCUCUGGAGAGAAGGUUACAAUCACAUUCAACGUCAACAACAGCAUUCCACCCUCCUUUGAAGAGGAGGCCCAGCAGGGAGAGAAGCCCUCAGAAACGGAGCCUGACAUUCUCUCAUCUCCCAACUUUGUUGUUGAAGUAACAAAACAGUCUGCAACCCAGUCCCUGGUUUUUGACUGUCAUUAUCCUGAAGAUGAGGUAGCCCACGGUGAAGAGGAGGAGGAGAGUGAUAUCUUUGCCAUCCGUGAGGUCAGCUUCCAGCCCACAGGUGAAUCGGACUGGAAGGACACCAGCUACACACUCAACACCGACUCCCUGGACUGGGCUCUGUAUGACCAUCUGAUGGACUUCCUGGCUGACCGCGGGGUUGACAACACCUUUGCUGAUGAGCUGGUGGAGCUGAGCACCGCUCUGGAGCACCAGGAGUACAUCAAGUUCCUCGAAGAGCUCAGUGGCUUUGUCAAGUGCCAGUGAAGAACCUCCUUUAAUGCAACAAUCCUUUAAUAAUCCUGCUGCUUCACGCGGCUACCAAAAUCACAACAAACUUGGACGCUUCAAAUACUUGAAUACCUUUUUAUGAUCUUUGCAUAAAAGCUGUGUUGCUUUAUUAUUUUUUUCAACAUAUUUUGCAUUUAUUAGGUUAUUUAUCAUCAGUUAGAACUCAAUAUUGGAGUGACAGAAACUAUUGCAAACACCAUAAAAGGGUUAAAAUAACGUUUAAAGUGUAUUUGAAGCGAUAUGCUAUUAAACAUUAGCACAAGUAUGACAAGCCUAUUACAUCACAGAGGGAUAUUGUAACAUGGGUCUGUGUAACCAGUAAUUAUGUGAGAACCCUGAUCUGAAAUACUGAACUGUUUUGUGCAGUAUUUGUGUUGGUAUUUACUAUUGCAUACCACGUUAAUAAAGGUAUGCAGUUGUGAAUUUCAAGAAGACAUCUUUCAUUUUUUUGAGAAUCUCCCAGACUAGUUAUCAGAGCAGUUAGCACAAAUACACACUUCAACAUCAUAAUGUAUGUGUCAGUGCAGUUUAUAUAAUUACUAUAUAGUUUAUAUUAUUUCAAGGAUGAUACUUUAAUUACAAAUGCAAUUCCCCCAUUGGGAAGGAUGAUGUGGACAUGCUUUUAAACAAGCAUGUGAGAACAUUUUCAUCAACUUACAUUGUUGAUCCAAUUAAUGUAAAUCGGCAUCUGAAACAGACAUCUUACAUCCAUACUGUAUCUGUAAUCAAACUGGAGUUUGCAACAAAUAAGGAAACCUCAGCUGCUUAACAUUUUAAAGCAGCAAAGAUGUCAGAUGUUAUACAAAUGAGAUUACAAUGUUGAGUCUCAUCUAACCCUUUUUUUUCUGCAGUUACUGCUUUGAAUAACCUUGUUAAAUUAUUUUACAAUAGAAUAUAGCUUUGUAAUGAUCAUGUCUUCAAAUGUUCAGUUAUUGUUUAUUCAUUGUUAAUCCAUCAAAAUAUGUGGAUGGGAAAUAAGAAAAUUCAUAAAAAUGA